AUGAGUGUGAAUGAGUACUACCUCAAGUUCGUCUCUCUAGCCAAGUAUGCUCCGGAAAUGGUACGUGAUAUGAGGGCCAGAGUUAGUCGGUUUGUGUUGGGGCUUUCAGAUGAAUUGUUUGUUGUUGCUAAUAUAGCUGCUCAGAACAAUGACAUGACUAUUACUAAGAUGGUUGCCUUUGUUCAAGGGAAUGAAGAGAGAGCAGCAGGCUCACAGUUACAGACUAGUGUGAGCUACAGAGGCCUUGAGUACCCUACUUGCAACACGUGUGGUAAGAAAUAUCCAGGGGUGUGUCGUUUGGGCACAAAUAGUUGCUUUGGGUGUGGUCAGCAGGGCCACUUCUUGAGGGAUUGUCCAUCAACAGGGAAUAAUAAUGGAGGCAAUGUAGAUCAUUCUAAUAACUCAGCAGCCCCUCAGAACUCCCAGGCCCAACAAGGGCGUGGUGCAGCAAAGUCUGGUAAUGUAGGCGGUGGUCGAAACCGUUUGUAUGUGCUGUCAGGCCGUCAGGAUACAAAGGCCCAUGGAGAUGUUGUCACAGGUAUGCUAGCAAUAUUCACUUUUGAUGUUUACACUCUUAUGGAUCCGGGAUCCAUCCUAUCUUAUGUAACCCCAUAUAUUGCUAAGAAAUUUGGGAUAGAACCAGAAAAGUUGUGCGAACCCUUUGAACUGUCCACUCCAGUUAGAGAAUCAGUUAUAGCAAAACAUAUCUAUAGGGGAUGUCCAGUCAAAGUGUAUCAUCGCCUUACUGUAGCAGGCUUAGUGGAAUUGGAGAUCAUAGACUUCGAUGAUGAAGAUGCUCAGAUUUCCACUCUCCAGUCAGUACCAAUUGUAAAUGAAUUCCCAGAAGUGUUUCCCGAAGAUCUUCCUGGAGUCCCUCCCGAUAGAGAGAUUGACUUUGGAAUUGAUCUACUCCCAGACACUAAGCCGAUAUCUAUUCUUCCUUAUAGAAUGGCCCCAGCAGAGUUAAAAGAGCUAAAAGUCCAGUCGAAAGAUCUUCUAGAUAAGGGAUUUAUAAGGCCAAGUGUCUCACCUUGGGGAACACCAAUUUUGUUUGUCCGAAAGAACGAUGGGUCUUUGCGCAUGUUCAUUGACUAUCGUCAGUUGAAUAAAGUCACCAUCAAGAACAAUUACCCUCUUCCCAUAAUAGAUGAUUUAUUUGAUCAAAUUCAGGGUACCCAGUGUUAUUCCAAGAUUGACCUCAGAUUGGGAUACCAUCAAUUGAAGAACAGGGCUGAAUCCUCCUUAGUAGCCGAAGUGAAGGAAAAACAUUUCAGUGAUCCCUACUUAUUGCAGCUGAAUGAGGGAAUUCACAAACACAAGACUACAACUUUUGAACAAGGGGGAGAAUAUGGUAAUUUGAGGUACAGAGGUAGAUUAUGCUUUCCAGGCAUAGAUGGGCUCAGAGAGCCUUGA